CACCACACUGAUAACUGGACUGGACACCGCUGAGGCACCUGCCAGAGGCCUGGGCUGGAGGGUCAGCUUCCCUGCCACUGACUUGUCUCCAAGGAAGCCCUAGUAAGGACCAUGUUCCUGUUUCCAUCACUCCCCGUCCUUCUCCUGUCUGUGGUGACAGCUUCCUGCUCAGAAACAAAAGCCUGUGAGGAUGCCCAGAAGACCUGCUCCGUGAUCACCUGCGGCGUCCCCGUCACCAACGGCACCCCAGGCAGAGAUGGGCGAGACGGACCCAAGGGGGAAAAGGGAGAGCCAGGUCAAGGGCUCAGAGGUUUGCAGGGCCCUCCUGGGAAGUUGGGGCCCCCAGGAAACGCAGGGCCUCCUGGAAUUUCAGGGCCAAAGGGCCAAAAAGGAGAUCGCGGAGACAAUUCGGUUGCUGAGGCUAAGCUGGCCAACUUAGAAAGACAGAUACAGAGCCUGAGAUCAGAACUGGACCACGUGAAGAAGUUGCAAGCCUUCUCCUUGCGGAAAGCAUCUGGGAAGAAGCUCUUCGUGACCAACGGCGAGCAGAUGCCUUUUGCCAAAGUGAAGGCUCUGUGUGCUGGGCUCAGGGCCACAGUGGCUGCCCCCAAGAAUGCCGAGGAGAAUAAGGCCAUCCAGGAUGUGGCCAAAGGCGUUGCCUUCCUGGGCAUCACGGAUGAGGUAACUGAAGGCCAGUUCAUGUAUGUGACAGGCGGGAAACUGACCUACAGCAACUGGAAGAAGGAUGAGCCAAAUGACCAUGGCUCGGGGGAGGACUGCGUGAUUCUCCAGACAGAUGGGCUCUGGAAUGACAUCUCCUGCACGUCCUCCUUCCUGGCCGUCUGUGAGUUCCCCGCCUGAAGAGGGGUGCUCCUCAACCCCCUCCUUGGUUCCCUGUUGAACUCUCUGCUGCUUUAGAAGAGAAUUCAGUGCUGGUUUUCCUCUC